AUGUGGCCUACAAUAAAGCCAGUAUCUCUCCUCCUCCUCCUGCUCACUCAGUUUAUUCUAGACGUAUUCUCCAUACCACAGCCUAUUACUUACUCUGCACAGCCACCUCUUUCCAUCUCCCUGUCUGUGGAAAAUGUAUCCAUAGGGGAAAGUGUUACAAUCCGUUGUCAUAUCAACCCAAGAUCAGAAGAAGGAGCCGUAUUGGCCCAAAGUAGCAUGAGUCUCUACUGUCCAGCAACUCCAAAGGAGAACUUCUGUUUUCAAAACUGUCGACCCCUAGAGGAAUGCAAUAGUAACAACGAAUGCAGAAUUGUGGCUGCAUUACAAGGAGUAACAUGCAGGUCGAUUACUCAAUCAAAUGGAGAGAUCGUAUUCGAAUACACUGUCGAACAUGUAACCCCAGAGUGGAUAGAUUGGAAACAUCCAGGUUUCUCCUGUGUUAGCGCAACAGUGCAGACAAAUUGGACACGAUUGAAAGAGAAAAUACGGCCUUCAGGGGAGAUGGGAACAAGCCCGAAAAGUAAGACCGAAUCAACAAGUACUUCAACUACGACGAACAUGUUGAUGACCACCGCAACUCAGCAACGAAGAGUAACUGAACCCUCCUCAUACCGUGAUGUAAAUGAAACAAAAUCUGUGAUUAUAUCUUCCCCAAACAAUGCAAACGAAGGGAAACAUUGGCUUACCUUUCUUCGAAAUUCCUCAGCAGGAGGAAUUUGGACACCGGAAAUGAUUAUAAUUAUAGCACUAGCUGCCCUCGCCUUAUCAAUGCUAAUCAACUGUUUCUGCUGUCUUCGAUGGGUUAUUCGACGCCAUCAUAGAAAUAAACGAAAACUGAAAGGUGGUGAUACUUUUGGCUGUCAUAGUGACUUUAAAGCACCAGGUAUUCCCCCCGCAAUGGCAUGGUACCCUGCCGAUCCAAGAAUGAUUCCCGCUGGUGCACCUCUAGCCUCCCAACAAAUGACACCAAUUUCCAUUUUCCGUCGGUCAAUGGCAAUCCCCGAUGAGUCUCUUAUCGAGAACCCCGUUCUAUGGAGUCCUUUUGAAGGUGAAAAUGCUCCACGCAGUCAUCCAGAAGGUAAGGCAGCUAACGGAAGUACACUUAGUAAUUCAGCAGGAAGGAAUUCGGACUCUGGCUUUUCUCUGCCACACGCUAUCUCUGGACCCCAACCCAUUCAACUUAUUCCCAAUUCUGGUGCGCACCCAAUUAACUUCGAACCCAUGGGUUGGUCGGGACCUGUUACACCAAGGUCUAAACACCUUACACACCGGUUAAGGCAUCAGUUUGUUCCCUCAUACUACGUUGGAUUGAAGCGGGCGACUUCGAGAGAAACAGUAUUUUCCGAAAGACCCAUGUCAGAGGUUGGAUUCGAGCCUGCGUCUCAUCAUCCUCAUCACUACGUACCCGUAGUACUAGGCCCUGGUGGUACUGUACGAGCAUCUCAACCACAAUUGGCUACUAUGAUGGGUUACGGGGGACCCCUUUGUAGUCCAGGUGUUGGGAGUUUAAUUGAAAAGCCAGGAGCUGGAGAUGGGGCAAGUGCAGGAGGAGGUAGUGGAUCACCUAAACCCGGUAUGACAGUACUUGUGCCAGCGACGGUGAUUGGACAUCAGUAUGAAGUGAUGCCACCACCUUCAAGUUCAACAGAAAGAUCAUCGGCUCCUCUUUUGAAAGCAGAUUUGACACUGAAAUCAAAAGCGAUGGCUAAUGAAGCGACGUUAGAAGAAUCUGGCAAUGAAGGAACGGGAAAAAGUGCUGCCGAAGUAAGAUUAUGGUUGCAAUCGAUGCCAUCAUCAGACAAAAAUCAUCAAUCUCGUCUCCCUACGAAGUUGGCAGACAGUCUGAAUACCGACUACGACGUAGCAAGCGAUUGGAGUGAACGAGAGCCUAUGUUGAUGCGAGACAAGCCCCCGAGUAGUAAUGAGACAGCAACCACAGACUAA